GUCAUCAGCAAUAAUCAAAUAAAUAAAACGGAGAGAAAAGAGACCCUUGCAUUUCAGAAACAAGAAAUUAUUGAUUCAUCCAUUCAGUCCCAAAAGCUAUACAAAACCUCUACUCUCUCUCAUUUUCUCUCUGUCACUCUGAAUUUCAGCUCUUGCCCAUUUGAUCAUACGCUCACUUCUUCUUUCCUUCAUUUCUAAAACUUCACAACUCUCUGUACAAUUCUGCAUCCAUGGUGAAGACUCCGUUUGAGGAAUCGCUGUUGAUCCCUCUCAUAAGUAAUCACCGCUUCCACAUGCCUCUGCUACGAUCUAUAACGAUCAUAAUCAAUUCCAUUCACCCAAAACUUGUUUACCAUGUUUUAUUUUCGGCUUCUCUGGAUUCUUUUUUCUUUUUAAUUUUUGUUGCUUUCCCCUUUUUUGGUUGCGUAUCCAACAAGUGUACUUGUUCAUUGGGUUACUUGUGAUUCCCUGAUCUGGGAAAGUCAACAAAAAAGGGAUUUUUUUUUUAAUUUCCGUAUGGAAGAGGGUAUUUGCAGUUUGAUUCAUUUUGAUUGGGAUGAUCAACCUCUGAUGCGAUUAUUUCAACUUUGAUCACAAAAUUCUUUCUUUUUUUAGUUUUCAGUUUUUGGUUGUAUGAUUGUAGAAUAUCCCAUAAUUUGGGAACAGUGUAACUCUCAAAGAUUUCUUCUUUAGAUUCCAUCACUUUAUUUGGAUCCUCAAUUUUGAUCAUAUGGUUUCACCCUUAAUCAAUUAUAAGAUCGGUCAAAUUUUUAGCAUGUAUUUAAGUUUUUUUUUUUUUGUUUUUGCUCUUUCUGAUCAUCCUCAGUUUCAUGACUAAAUUCUUGCCUUCUGGUGUCUUUGAUUUAUAUAGUGCUGUUGUGAAUAGAGACAGAUAAUCAUGUAAUUCAACUGCAUCAGAUAAAAAAAAUUAAACUUUGUUUCACUUUUGUUAGUAUUCUUUUCUUUGUAGGUUUGAGACCUGAGAUUUGCUAGUCAAAUACAUUCUUGAGGUACAUGCUUGUUACAAGUUAGAACAAUGUGUAGAGUUUCAGAUGCUAUAACCUGACAAAUGGAAAUUAAAUUAAUAUAGUAAUGCAUUUGCAUGUAUUUUCAUAAUUCCCAGAAGUGUUAGAUCCUCUCUUCUGCCGUGUUUGGGCACUGUAUAAGGUUGGCAGUGCCCAUGGAUGCCACUACCAGUGGAACCCCAACUAUACAAUACCAUAACAUCCCUGAUCAGCCAAUUAAUACCAUUGUUGCCACACAAUUGCCUACAUUUCAACGGCAGCUACGCCAUUGCUUUGGGGACUCCAGUCCAGGAGAGUUUCCCUUGUCUGCUAAUCCCUCCAUUGUCCUUCAUGUCCUUACAUCAUGUAGCUUGUGUCCUCAAGACCUUGCUAAACUUGAGGCAACAUGCUCCUUCUUCAAGAAGCCGGCAAACUUUGCUCCGGAUUUGGAUUUGUCCUUGUCAGAGCUUGCUGCAUUGGACAUGUGCCAGAAAAGAGCCAUUUUUAAGCCAAUGACGACUGAACAACAGCAACAUUUGAAGCAAAGAUGUGGUGGUUCUUGGAAAUUGGUUCUGAGGUUUUUAAUGGCUGGAGAAGCAUGUUGCAGAAGGGAGAAAUCACAGGCCAUAGCAGGUCCUGGUCAUAGCAUUGCUGUGACAUCAAAAGGGGCUGUUUAUUCAUUUGGGUCCAAUAGUUCAGGACAACUUGGGCAUGGUACAACCGAAGAGGAAUGGCAUCCUCGACCAAUCAGAGCUUUACAAGGCAUUCGGAUUAUACAAGCUACUGCUGCGACAGGGAGGACAAUGUUGAUCAGUGAUUUUGGGCAGGUUUAUGCCUUUGGGAAAGAUUCUUUUGGUGAAGCUGAGAUUGGAAUUCAAGGAUCUAAAAUGGUUACGUCUCCUCAGUUAGUUGAAUCUUUGAAAAACAUAUUUGUUGUACAAGCUGCAAUUGGAAACUUUUUCACAGCCGUUUUGUCAAGGGAAGGCAGGGUUUAUACAUUUUCUUGGGGUAGUGAUGGCAAACUCUGUCACCAUACUGAUCCAAAUGAUGUGGAACCUCGUCCUUUAUUAGGAGCUUUAGAGCACAUACCAGUAGUGCAGAUAGCUGCCGGUUUCUGCUACCUCCUUUGUUUGGCUUGUCAACCAACUGGAAUGUCUGUCUACUCUGUUGGAUGUGGUUUGGGUGGGAAGCUCGGCCAUGGCUCAAAAACUGAUGAGAAGUAUCCUCGUUUGAUCGAACAAUUCCAAGUGUUAAACCUUCAGCCAAAGGUGGUUGCAGCUGGUGCUUGGCAUGCAGCUGUGGUGGGGCAGGAUGGCCGGAUUUGCACAUGGGGGUGGGGUCGUUGUGGCUGCUUGGGUCAUGGUAAUGAAGAAUGUGAAUCUGUACCUAAGGUGGUGGAAGAGUUGAGAGAUGUUAAAGCAGUUCAUGUUGCUACAGGAGAUUACACCACCUUUGUAGUGGCUGAUAAUGGUGAUGUGUAUUCCUUUGGUUGUGGAGAAUCUGCUAGUCUUGGCCAUAACCCUGAGAAUCAUGAGCAGGGAGACAUGCAUGCAAAUGUGUUAAGUCCAAAGCUUGUGACUUCAAUGAAAGAGAUGAAUGAAAAGGUGGUGCAGAUUAGUCUGACGAAUUCCGUAUAUUGGAAUGCUCAUACCUUUGCCUUAACUGAAUCAGGGAAGCUGUAUGGCUUUGGGGCUGGAGACAAAGGACAACUAGGCGUAGAGCUUGGUGCCAACCAAACUGAAAGAGGAAAGCCAGAGCGGCUUGAUAUUGAUCUUGGUUAACUAUGUUUGGUUGGUGUAACCCUAAUUCUUUACACCAUCUCAUACUCUCUAAUUUAUGCUCACCAUGCACAGUAUUUAGUGUUUCAAUCCCUUGUUUAUUGUGUAAAUAUAAUCAAAGAAUCCAUGGAUGAUGUCCGAGCUAGGCAAGAUAACAGGGGCCUCACCUGCAGCCACUUCUAAGGUCGUUGACGUUAAUCUUAUAUAGGCUUCAACUAGAUUCUGAUAUUUGAAAAUGGUGAAGCUUCAUAUACAGCUCAGUUGUCUUCA